ACUUCUUCGAGGAACAAGACCAUUUCAGAACAGACGCCAAACGAUCAAGAUGUAUUUCUUUAAUGAGAGAGGAUAAUUAACCUGUGAUAUAGGAUGGGAAACGCACCCAGUGAGAUCGAUGACGGGGGGAAGAGGAAUCGGAUCACCCCCAACAUGAGCCGACAGAACACCCAGAUCACGGUCAGGCCGGUGGAUGAAGGGAUGGAGAUGGACUUUGUGGACGAGCGCUCCAUGUCUCGGUCCCCCAGUCAGGUGUUCGCGGAGAGAGCUUGGAGGGAUACCCCCGACGGUCGGACCCCGUCUCCUAACCCGAUGUCUAAUGGAGUGAACUACAAAAAGAAGAAGACCAUAGACAGGCUCAACCAGGUCAUGGACUACAUGAGCGCCAAGCGUUCUAACACCGUUCUCUCUAACCCAGCGUCAACCAGGUCAACGAAAGACAUCGUGUACGAACUUGAAGAGGAAUUCUCGGAUGAUAUAAAUAAGAAACUGGGGAAAAAUCAAGAGGAAAAAUAUAAUGUAAUCGAAAACUUCUUCGAGAGGAUGGGGUCGACAGUGAGCGCGGGAGAAGAGAGCUCAGAACGGGACCCGUCUCCCGAUUAUUAUGGGGGCUCCAAAAAGAGACCCCUGGGCGACGACCCACACCCAGUUUCUAUAGGUGAAAAGAAAAAUGGUUUUCCUGAUGAUCCCGUGGACGAGAAAAAGAACAGGCUAGCGACGUCACAACUGAAUAGGGAAAAACCUACCGUACAGUUUGCUACCAUGAAGUUUCACAAGAAGUGCGUGUAUUCCCAGACUCACUUUUUGUACACACGUGACGAAUCUCUCCUUCCGGACAUGCCGCCGCCACACCCACCCUACACCCGGAAGUCCGAGAUCUUUGAUGCCAGACAGUACAGAAGAGUGGACAAAAAAGCACUGAAGGUUCGUAAAGCAAUUAUAAAUGGAAUGUUAAGCGAAUUAGUCACUUACCUCACAGAGCGCUACAGAGACGAUAUUUCAAAGCUUCGCGCCCUGUACGUGUGGCUGACGUCACAAAACCUGCGCAAACUUAAGCUUCCACUUAAACCAGCAAGAGAGGGACAUGUUCUACAUUACCUAGAAAAGUUGAAAAAGAAGAGAGGAAACUACGCACAGCUCUUUAGUCAUCUUUGCAAUUUGGCAGGCCUCCCUUGUGUUGUCAUUCAUGGAUACUUGAAGGGAAGCACAUAUGAGAUUGGACAAACCCUUUCCAAAGACACACAUUACGGAGAAUGGAACGCCGUUCUUAUAAACAACAACUGGCGUUUCAUCAACGCCUACUGGGGUUCAUGUGCCGUAGGGACUGAGACAGACAGUGAUAUCGCCAUGUACCGACUGGACGAAAAUUUCUUCAUGCCUGAUCCCGAUCAAUUAGCAUACACCCAUUUUCCAGAAGAACAGAAGUGGCAGCUUUUGGAACCUUCGAUGUCAAUGUUUAUUUUCGAAAAACGUGCAUUCCUAAAAGAGAGAUUCUUCGAACUUGACAUGAGAGUUCUAUCCCAUCCAGACUGUGAAAUAAAGGUACAAAAUGGAGAAGAGGAAAUUCUGUUUGGGAUGAAUCCUGCUAGAGCCCCGAAUUUAGAUUUCAUGUGUUUUAUUUUUCUGAAAGAAGAGAAAGAUUAUAGAAUUCUAUACGACGACGAGAAUAGGUAUCAGCACGACUUUCUAUACAGACCAAACGACGAUUCUCUCUCCAUCAAAAUCAGAUUUCCCAAGAAAGGCACCUAUCGUGUUGAAAUCGUUGGUAAAGACAACUCUAUAAUGGACGAAGGCUAUGAUUACGACUGGAUAGCAGUCUACAAAGCAACAGUAGUAAAUGGUUGCAAAAAGUAUGUAGCGUUCCCUAAAGCAGCAGACGCCGGUUGGGGGAACAGUCCAAUUUUGGAACAAAUCGGCCUCGAAUCCGCUAAUUAUGAGCAGAGAAGGGCCAUACUUACUGCGGAAGAGGGAAUGUGCACGAUUGGUUACGAGAUCAAAACACCAGAGGCCAGAGAUCUCAUGCUGUCGUAUAAAAUGAUCAACGUCAAUUCUGGACUUGAUGACGUCACUAUGGAAUCGGACGAUUUCACGAUGGAGGAUGGCAAGUUUCAAGUUCACAUUAAUUUACCCCCCGGUGACGAAAGUGCGUUCUGCUUGUUCGCGCAAAUUGACGACCCAGAAUACGGGUCUAUUGAGAAGAAUCUGUGUAACUAUCUCAUCAUAUCCACCCCUCUGAAGGAACUGGAUAAACAGGAGAAGCAAGCAGUGAAAAGUGUGGAGGAGGUGCUUGAUGAUGCAAUUCACUUCAAACAACUGGAGAUGCUUGAACGAGCGGUUGAUCUAGUAGAAACAAAAAGAGCAACCCGACAUAUGUAUGCCAAAGUGAUGGAAGCGAAAGACACCAUAGAACGGUUGAAAAGUAUAUCCAAGAUGAUGCACAAAGUUCUGUCCCUUGAUCAAAGAACCAUUGCUGAAAUCAGAGGCUAUUCGAACCCCUCACCGGAGAUUCAUGCCGUGAUGAAGGCAACCUUGCUGUUACUGGGUCAUUAUGAGGAGGAAACUAGGGAAUGGAGAAGCGUUCAAGCAAUCCUGGGUAAAACAGGUCGUAACUCAUUAAAACGGAAAAUCAACAUGUUCGAUAUAAACCACUGUAAACUAGAUAUUGCACUGGGUGCCCAAAAACUACUUGGCGAUAUGAAAUUACAGGACAUCGUAAACCAAAGCUGUGGAGCAGCCACAUUCUUUGAAUGGGUUCACUUUACUGCAAACGAAGUAUCCCUUAGAAGACCUGACGAGAAACUCCGCGCUGUUCCGUUGAUUUCAUUAGCGGCAGUACGUUUCAAAGCAAACAAUAAGGACCUUGACAAAGUUAGACAGAUGGCCCAAGCCGACAUUGACAAUGCAAUUUAUUCUAAACAAAAUGCGGCCCUAGCACCACCACCUACUUAUCAGAAUAGCUUACCCACCAACAAGCCCUACUUCAAAGAAAUCAAUGAAGUAGACGAGGAACCUGAUUUACCGAGUCCGUUUGCCAAAUCGCUGAAGGGUCCCAAAAAGGGGGGACCAAAGGAGGAUUUAGAAAGGUUUGGAGCUGUUGGUGGCGAGGACUAUGUUACUAUAAAUGAUGGCGAUCUUGCUAGCGGUUCCCAAACAGUUGAGGCUGUAGUCGAAAAUUCUAACCCGCAACGAGGCGGAAAUAGAGGAAAAGGAAGAGUAGCAAGUAAGCCGGUGGUAACAGGUCCAAAAACCCAAAAACCAACUGUUAAAGCUAAAAUUGAGCAAGAAAAAUCCAACCCAGCAUCUGCAUCAAAAAAUAUACCGUUUUCACCCUCAUUCGAAAAAGCUAUAGAAAAAAAUUUAGAAGUUGACCGUCCAACGCCUCAAUAUACCAAAGACGAGACAAGUCCAACUGCGCCCCAGAGUCCACCGAACGCUGACGAUGAAGGAGGUCUACAACUUCCGGGAGGAGAUGACUCAUACGUUAAGAUUUGGUUAAACAAGUAGAGCUGACGACCUCCAUAUGCUGAACGUCUUUAAAGAAUCUGACAACUGAAAUAAUCCACGAAAUGAAGAAUCGAUAUGAAGACGACGUUGUCCAGAUGACUAUUGCUCGGACUCGAGGUUCCCGAAUUUCUUACACCCGCCAGAAAACUUCAAUUUGUACUGAACUCUAAAUAUUGCCAU